GUGCAUCCGUGUCCGGCUAGUAUAAUAUAUUUGAAAUGAGAAAAGACCACAGAGAAACUGGAUAUAAUAGAAAAUCAAGAGCACUUACAUAUGUACGUUACUCCAAGCUGGAUCAGCAGUCGCCUGAACAUACAUAUUUACGUAGCUGGAAAUGUCACCUCCAAAUGUUUUGGUCACAGGAGGCGCUGGAUAUAUUGGCUCUCAUACUGUUUUGGAGAUGCUAAAUGCAGGUUAUAACGCGAUUUGUGUAGAUAAUUUGAGUAACGCUUACAGCUCUGGAGCCUCCAAACUUCCCGAAUCUUUAAGUAGAGUACAAGAACUUACAGGAAAGAAAUUAGUGUAUUACUGUAUUGAUAUUACUGAGAGGGAUCAAGUUCGUGGCAUUUUUCAGGAGCACAAGAUCGAUAUGGUAGCUCAUUUUGCUGCUCUUAAAGCAGUCGGAGAAUCUUGCCGCAUACCGCUUCAAUACUACCAUAACAACAUGACCGGCACAAAUGUUCUUUUGGAAGCUAUGGCUGACAACAAUGUUUUUAAAUUUGUAUAUAGUUCCAGUGCCACAGUGUAUGGAGAACCUAAAUUCUUGCCUGUAACUGAAGAACAUCCGACCGGCAACUGCACUAGUCCUUAUGGGAAGACUAAGUAUUUUACGGAGGAAAUCUUGAAGGAUUUAUGCAAAUCAGACAAGCGUUGGGCGGUGGUUUCCCUUCGUUAUUUUAAUCCUGUGGGCGCACAUCCAAGCGGGCGCAUUGGUGAAGACCCUAAUGGAGAGCCUAACAAUUUAAUGCCGUUUAUUGCCCAGGUGGCUGUAGGGCGGCGAGAUGUUUUACGAAUUUACGGAUCUGAUUUCCCAACAAAAGAUGGUACUGGAGUCCGUGACUAUAUACAUAUUGUAGACCUUGCUGAAGGCCAUCUAAAAGCCUUGGAAAAAUUAAGAAAUGUUGCCGAAACUGGAUUCUUUGCAUAUAAUCUUGGGACUGGUGUUGGAUAUUCUGUUCUGGAAAUGGUACAUGCCUUUGAGAAAGCUAGCAAACGUAAAGUAAACUUUGAAUUUACUGACCGACGUUCUGGAGAUGUCAGUACUUGUUAUGCCGAUGCGUCGUUAGCGGAAGCUUCUCUUGGGUGGAAAGCUAAACGCGGAAUACAUGAAAUGUGUAAAGACACUUGGCGUUGGCAAAGCAAUAAUCCCAACGGCUACGCUCCUAAAUAAUUUUAAAUAUAGGGUGAAUUCCAAAACGUCAAAAUACAAAGCAUCAGUGUCUUUUAUUUCUAAACAGCUAAACAGAAAAGGUCUAACAUACGCAACCUAGUUGAAAACUAGCAUCUAACCUUGGUUGCGCACAUUUCGAAUUACAAUCUACUGAGGUUUAGAAAUAAGAAAUACCUGAUGCUUUGUAUUUUGACGUUUUGGAAUGCAGCCAUACUUAACCUCAUUAUGUACAUUUGACAUGCAAAAAUAGGUCAAUAUACUUUCCACCUCUAUCAUAUCGCACACCUAGAUUUAAAGUGGGAUCAACUC